GGGGUCUGCGGGCGCCGACGGGGCGGGCGGUGGCGGCGGCGGCGGCGGCGGCGGGCGGGCGCCACGUCGGCAGCGGGGAACGGCGCAGGAGUAAAGUCUGCGGCGGAGCCGGGCCGCGCCGCGCCCGCUGCGCUCGGUCGGUGUAUGCAGAAUAUCUUUGGGGAAGCAGCUGACCAGACAUCUCCUUCACAAAGGAAUGUAUUUGGUGAGAAAUUUUUAUUUUUAACAGCUUGGAUGUGAACGUAUGUGUGGCUGUACCUUCACCUCCGGAACUUCGUAGAGCUUUCAUUCAGGGCCCACUAACAACGUCAGCUCUCAAAUUAAAAUUCUCUUCUAAACCACUUCUUUCUUUAUGGCCAUGUAAAAGUCUAAAACUUACAGGUAUUUCAUAUUCUGACAGUAUGGAAAUCUGUGUUUUCUUCUUCAAAACCAAUUUAAAAAGUGAGUUCCAGUUCUUUUGCUACAAAGGUUGAUACAUAUUUCAAUGUAUUAAAAAGUAUGAUAAAUUAUCUGUUACCUCCUGAAUGAGUAGUCCAUUCAUGAACGUGGAGGGAAAGAAACAGCCAGUAGUUUAUAUAUGUUCUUGUUCAAAAACUCCCUUAAGAUCUGCAUUUAUUUCUACUUCUUCACUAAGAAAACACAAAGCUUAUUUACUUACCUGCACAAAUGACAAAGGAGACUGGAAAGUGCCACUGAUAGACCAGAUGUGUGCUUCAUUAACGUCCAUGUGAGUUCUGCCAGAACUCAAGGAGAUCUGAACUCCUUGAUUUUGUGUGAUCACUGAGUGUGUGUGUUAAAUGAAGCAUGAGUCUUUUGUCCCAGUGACACGAGACAUUGAAUUUGAGAUCACAGGACGAAAAUACCAAAGAGAUCUAUUUGAUUGCUUCUCUCUCCCCCAUCCUUUUUUUUUUUCUUUUUACCAGUCUUAUUAAAAUUUGAAGAAGGUUCUGAAAAGCAUAUAAAAAUUCUAAAGUUCAGCUUUGCCUUGUUGCAUGUGCUUGCAAUAUUGUUAACUUUGCUGUCGUAUUCUGCGUGUCUGCGUGAUUCAGUGUACGGGGAACUUUGAAUCUGCAGCUUCUGAUUUAAGCUCCCAAGGUGCUUUAAUCAAUGCCAUGUAUGAAUGGCCUAAAUCUUCCCAAAAAACCUUAUCCUUGCACCUCCAGAUUAGUGCCUUAGGUGUUGGCUGAGAGUUUUAAUCUCUUCUGUGUCUCAUGAAUUUUGCUUUCUCUUCUCAUGUGGGGACACACCUUCAGCAGGGAGAGUGAAAAGGAAUCUCCCUCAGGAUACACUACAGUCUGGUGACAGAGGACUCCCUUGCAAGGUGGGACGUACGAGCUUGGAUCUUAUUAGACCAAGGAGGCAUUGAAUUGUAGGCAAUAAUGAAUCAAACGGACAAAAAUCAACAGGAAGUCCCAUCCUACCUUCAUGAUGAACCACCAGAAGGUGCGCUAAAGGACCACCCGCAGCAGCAGCCGGGCAUGCUUUCCCGUGUGACUGGUGGCAUCUUCAGUGUAACGAAGGGAGCUGUUGGUGCCACGAUUGGGGGUGUUGCUUGGAUUGGAGGGAAGAGCUUGGAAAUUACCAAAACAGCAGUCACGUCUGUGCCUUCGAUGGGAGUAGGGCUAGUCAAAGGGAGUGUUUCUGCUGUGGCUGGAGGUGUUACAGCUGUAGGAUCUGCUGUUGCAAGUAAAGUGCCUUUAACAGGAAAGAAAAAGGAUAAGUCUGACUAAAGCCAAAACUGAGAGACAUACUUGAUUCUCCAGGAUAUUACAUCGGCGGCGUUAAAAUCUGCUGAGAUUUGGACCAUGAGAAGCCAUGCGUCUUAGACACUCCAUCUUCUACAGAGCUGUGCAAGUAACUUAAUUUCAUCUGAAAAGGACAGAAGAAGCUUGGGUAGCGCAGUGUCUGAAGAUUUGUUAGAGCCUAGAUUCAAGCUUUGUAUCUGGUGAAAUGUUAACACUUGAUAACUAUAGAAGUGAGUACGUGUAUCUGAAGGGAUUAUACAUAUUUGAAUAUUCACUUACUGUAAGUCUUGCAGUUUUGGACUAAAAUGUGAACAUAGAAACUUAACUUGGUGAUGUCUGCCAUACCAUCUAUUUGAUGAGGUGCCGUUUACUGUCCUCAGUGGCAUCCACAUCUUCCUGCUAAGGAUCCUUGAGCUGUGUAAUGGCAUUAUUGGAUGUGCCUAAGUAGUUACAAAACUGUGUUCGUAGGAAGCCUGAAAAUUAUCAGUCCAUUCUGCCAGAGGGAACUGGCAGCAAACAGAACUGGAGGUGUGCAGAAAUUGGAAAUGAGUGGGAGAUAGGAGGUGACAAAGUUUGUAACAUGGUAGGAGGGAUCAUAAAAACUAACUUAAUGCCUUAUUCAAAAAAAAAUCUCUUUACUAGGUGAAGCUGUGUAAGCUGUGUCCUGUUGUUUCUGUACAGUUCACAGAACAAGCUUUAGAGACUUUAUGACUCCUAGUAUCUGAAACUUUUAGUCAGUUUUUACUGAAUACAAGAUUGCAAAAUCUCAGGUGUAUUUAAUGAUAUGCAUCUAUUUCCUGCAAGUGAACACUUGCUUCUGAUCAAUUUCUUAGAGACACUAGAAAAAAUGAGGGCUUCAUGGAAACUGGGCAGGUGUUUGUGGUCAUCUAGCACAACUGCAUAACUUGAAAGAAAUUACUUGGUGUUGCUGGGAACCACUGAAGAACUAGCAAAACUGUUUCAGCUCCGCGGUGUGCCAGGUUAGGUUCUUGCUCUGUUUAAACAAAUGCAAGAAUUUUUCACUACAUCUUUAUCUCACACUUUGCAUUUUGAUUUUGAGGAAAAUGCAAUACUUUUAUUUAAAAAUAAACCAAAAACAGGCAUAUGAGGCCUUAAAAAAAAAAAGCUUAUAUAUAUAUCGUCCAAGUAAACUGUAUACUGACAGAUUCCAAACUUUGACACACCUCAAACGAGAACAUCUAUAGGUCCUCUGCAGUAUGUGAGGCAAAAUGCACUCCUGAGACACAGCUUGAGGUUGCCUUAAAAUAGAAGCUGUUGGUGAUUUUUGUUUUUCCCCCACGUGCUGACUUUGCAAAUAAGUAACUUCUUUGGAAGCCCAUAAUAGAAGGCUGUGAACAUUGUGUAUGCAGUAUUUUCUUAAACUCAUGUUCCUACAAAAAACUUCUAAGCAUGUAAAAGCUUACCUUUUCAGUGGCUAUGGUUGUACAAGAAGGAUAUAUAGGGAGACUUUUUAGAAAUUAAAAAAUCAAAAUGUAUCACGUGUCUAAAACUCGCUCCUAUAUUUAUGGGUGUUGAAAGUAAACUGUAGAUUAUGGUACAGUAGUAACCUAGUCUCUCUGAGCCAUUGGUACUUCAGCUGCAGUCUGGAACAACUUUAUUUGGUAUCAGUGAUUGCUGUUUAUGUUGGUGGCAUGGUAUUACCACACAUAAUGAUUUGGGGCGGUGGGGAGAGCAAACCCAACAGGUAGACUUCUCUGCUCCUCGUUAGUUGCACCAGCUGCUUAGCUCCAAUCUGCUGGAAGCGUGUAGUGAGGUAAGUCUAUGCAAUAAAUGCAAUACUUAACUAUUUUUAUACUCAAAAGCUAGCAGUAUGGAACGUGGUUUGGUUUAAAGAUCCCAGUUAGCUACAGAAACGAGCAGGCUUGGCCACAAGAAGCAAUCUAGCUGCAACAAGUGAUUUAACGUGGUCGGCUCCCCCCCAGUUUCUGAUGUAGACAUACCCCGGAGUGCUACCAGUGAACUCUGCGAGUCAGCUGUUCGGGACCACAGCGGGAUUUGUGACACUCUACCAAACCCUAAUCAUUUUCUGAGGACACAAAUGUUGAACUGGUUGUACCCCUCUUUUUUUUAUGGCAUUCUUUAAACUUUUAUGCUAUGAAACUUGCUGCAAAAUGAGCAUGGUCUGAGAUAAGCAAUGUUAGAGCUGUAAAAAGCUGCCAGCACUUCAUUAUGUUUUGUUCUUAGCAUAUCCUGUAGUUAUUACUUCUGAAUCUUGUAAGUGAAAUGCUUUAACAUGGCAUAUGGUUUUAGUUUUGGAAAAGAGCUUUGUUCUAUAUUCUGCGUAUUUCCCAUUUGCUUAUGAAAGUCACUUCUUAAGAACUUGUUCUGAUUCUGUCCUGACACUUGUGAAACAUUAAAUUGUUGCUGUUUC